CGCUGAGGGGGCGGGAUGGAGGGAAGGGAAGAAAGAAAGAAAGAGAAGGCGAGAGAGGAGGAGCCGCCUUUCCCCUCAGCAUCCGCCGAGGCAGAGAGAGCCGCGAAGGAGCGCGCAGGCAGCCUUCUUCUCCGCCAAGAGGAGCCAGCCAAGAUGUUGCAGCAGCUGUGGAGGAGCCUGGCCGUGGCCGUCCUGGCCGGGACCGUCCUGGGGCUCCGCGACGCGGAGGAAGAGCCGAUGAGCAAAUCUAAAAUCUGUGCUAAUGUGUUCUGUGGGGCUGGCCGGGAGUGUGCUGUGACAGAGAAGAGUGAGCCGACUUGUCUCUGCAUUGAGAGAUGCAAGCCUCACAAAAGGCCAGUUUGUGGCAGCAACGGCAAGACAUACCUGAACCACUGUGAGCUGCAUCGUGACGCCUGCCUCACUGGCUCCAAAAUCCAGGUGGACUAUGAUGGUCACUGCAAAGAGAAGAAGCCUGAAAACUCCGCUGCAAGUCCAGUUGUCUGUUACCAGACUGACCGAGACGAACUCCGGCGUCGUGUCAUCCAGUGGCUUGAGACUGAGAUCAUUCCUGACGGCUGGUUCUCUAAAGGCAACAACUACACUGAAAUCCUAGACAAGUACUUCAAGAAUUUCGACGAUGGAGAUUCUCGCCUGGAUUCCAGUGAGUUCCUGAAGUUUGUGGAACAAAAUGAGACCGCGGUCAACAUCACCACCUACGUGAAUCAAGAGACCAACAAGCUGCUCAGGGGACUCUGCGUAGAUGCCCUCAUUGAGCUCUCUGAUGAGAAUGCUGACUGGAAGCUUAGCUUCAAUGAAUUUCUGAAAUGCCUCAAUCCAGCCUUCAACCCACCAGAAAAAAAAUGUGCCCUGGAAGAUGAAACCUAUGAGGAUGGAGCCGAGACCCAGGUGGAGUGUAACCGUUGUGUCUGUGCCUGUGGGAACUGGGUGUGUACUGCCAUGACCUGUGAAGGCAAGAACCAAAAAGUGCCUUCUGAAGGGCAGCAGCCUGAAGAUAAGAUGACUGAAGAAGAACUGGCCAGAUAUGUUCAGGAGCUGCAAAAGCACCAGGAGACAUCUGAGAAGACCAAGCGAACGGCCACCAAAGAGAUGUAAGCGAAGCGCGCAAGUGGAAGAUGCCCGAAGCCGGUGUGUGUCGCCUGACUCACCCACCCGUCUUCCUUCAGUGCUGAUUUCAAUAUGCAAAUGUGUGUAGGACUUGUUGCCCAGUCACAGAUAUUUACAUUGUAUAGCAAUGGGAGGGGGGGGCAAAGGAAAAAAUAGGUUCUUUUAAAAUUUAAGAGAAACCCUUCUGUAUCAUGGAUGGGGUUUUUUUUUUACAAUGAGGAAAGGAACUGAACUGAGGGCAUUAGUGAGGACCACAAAUAAUUCCGGCUCUGGCACUUAGGGUGUAGCAUCCCUGACACCUGAGCUCCUAUCCUGUGUGGGAUCUUGCUGCCUCUCUUUUGAGUUUUGCUGACAGCCUAAAAGCUACUACCAUAACUGCAGGGACUUGGAAAGGAAGUGCCUAUGGCGAAGCAUAUAUUCCAUGGGAUAUUGCUAUGCCUCACGAUCUUGAUAACUGGCUUUUCUGUUUUCACACAUGAACAACUUUCAUCCCGUCUUCCCUUUCCUGUCCAUACUCUGCUCCCAAAGAGUAUCUGGCCGUUCAGACUGGUUUACUGUGCCUGUGUAAAGGGGUUCCUGGUGAACACAGACCAAAUCUCUGCCAGAAGCCAGAUAGCCCACUGCAUUGAGUUCCAAAGUGACCUCAUUUUCUUCCCCUCUCUCUUUGCAAAGGUGCUACAGUAUAUUUUCUUAUCACACUCUUACACUGAUUCUUUUUUUGAAGUAAUGACUUUUAACUGAGCUUUUUGUAUCUUUGAUUUAUAGAUAUUGUUUAUAAUUACUGAAAAAUGCUGUACUUCUGGUUAGUGCUUUGUAUUAUAGCUGCAUGUAUCAAAGAAGUCAAAUCCGUUCAGCACAAGGAGGGCCUCAGAGCAUACGGGGCCCUUCUGGAUUUGACAUUUCAGCAUCCUUUAUGGUAAAGAGCCUUGGUUCGUGCAUGAAUAGAGCUGGAUGGGGUUUUCAAAGGAGACCCUGUCUCCCACAGGGUCAAUUCUUCAAGGAAGGGGAGGGGGAGAAUUAUUCGCUUCAGGAAGAAUUGAAGACCAAUCCUGUUACAUUAAAUGGAAGGAAAUAUUAUGUCGGACAAACACGUAUAAUUUCUCCUCAUGCAAUGGAAGCAAUUUUGGAACUGCAGUCACUAAGAUGUGUAAGUUCCCGGUGCUUCUUUACUUAGGGACUGGUUCUGUGAUUUCCAAAAGGACUCUUGCACAGCUGGGGUAUCCAAGCAGGUUGCUGACCUGAGUGCUGGCACAACUUUUUCCAUGCAGUGAAAGGAAAGAACCUCCAGCAAAGGAGGGAAGGAAAACACCAAGUAAAGGAAGGAGAAUAUGCAAACCCAUCAAUACAUUGCAUUUGUUGGUGUGAUACCAGAGACUGUUCCAUGCUAUUUAGGAAUUUUGGCAAUAAAAUCAGGGGACUCAAUCUCCCCACAGUGGUAUAGUAAACA